AUGGUAAUUUUGAGAUGUUAUCUUCUUUGUAGACUCGAUCAUUAUAAAGUGUUGGGUGUCGAUCAGAAAGCCACGCAAACUGAAAUCAAGAAUGCCUACUAUAAAAAAUGUAAACUUUUACAUCCAGAUAGUGGUGCGAAUAAUAUAUCAGCAGAAGAGCGUGAAAAGAUGCAUCGCUUGUUUGUUGAACUGAAAGAAGCGUAUGACAUUCUGAGGAGACCUGCUGAUAGGAGGAUUUAUGAUGAGAAAUUAUCUGGCCAGUAUAUGAGAUAUGGUCCACAAAAUCAGCGGUCUUCUGCAAGUCAUCGUCGACACUACUAUCAUGGUUAUGGACCACCUCCGCAGUACGAAGGGCAAGGUCGAGAUUGUUUUAUCUCAUCAUUUCAGAACCGAGAUCAUCAUAAAAUUAACAAUUCCAGACGUGAUUGGAGAAUGUUUUGGGAGAAUGCAACUGGCUAUAAAGCCGAACAUAUGACAGCUGAAGAGAUUAGAUUACGUAACCAACGGCAGUGGUCUACGAUCAUGAGAUAUACGUUAAUUGGGUUGGGUAUUGUACUCGUUUACAACAUUGGCUACUUGAUGCUGGUAUUUCGGCGUGAUCGGAGGUUGGAUUCACUCGUUGCUAAAGAUGAAAUUGCGAAAAGUUUCCUUCGUCAACGAGAGUUUGCACAUCAAAGAGAUGAUCCGAAACAUGUGAAUAUUAUUUUGAAAAUACUCAGAUAUUACUGGUGUUUUUGUGAGAUAUUGGAAACAUUUCUGAUGUUUCGUAAAAUAUUUCGCGAAAGAUAUCGGAAGGAACGUUAUCAUUCAGUUACAAAGAAAAUUUUAUCGUAA